AUGCUGGCCGUGCUGUGCUUCACGGCGUUCACGAUGCCGUUGCUGGGGGUGGUGUCGUCGGUCAUCAUCAAGGACCACGCCAAGGCCAUGAUGAUGUGGGGGCUCACCGCCGACGCCAUCACCGUCCUCUACUACGGCUCCCCCCUUGCGGCCGCCUGGAAGGUCAUCCGCACCCGCAACAGCGCGUCCAUCCUGCUGCUGCGGCUGCUCUGCGACAUCUCCAACAGCGGCCUCUGGACCGUAUACGGCUUCAUGGUCGGGGACCCCUUCAUCUUUGUGCCCAACUCCAUCGGCGUCUCCCUCGGCCUCUGCCUCGCCGUCCUCAAGGCCCUCUUCUGGCGCCGCGCCCCCGCCGCCGGCGCGGAGCCCAUCACGGGCGACGUCGGCGCCGCGGACGCCGCGCGCUCGCGGGGCGACGUCGUUGUGGAGGUCUGCAUGGACGGCGCCGGCGCCGCCGCGGGCGCCGCCGCCCACCCCAAGCGGGCGGCCGCGCCGCAGCGCGGCGCGGAGGAGCGCGCCGGGGACCAGCACUAG